AUGGACCUCUCUCCUGUUUGGAGGGACCUGAUGCGCAAGCCCAUGCCUCUGGCACAGCACGGAGGUGGCCGAGGGUCCCCAGCUCCCAAAGGCUGGCAUGCCACUGCGCCCACAGAACCCCCCGAUGCCGUUAUCCUGGCUUUGGAACGCACUUCCAUGGCCACAUCAGUGUGUAUCUUCAGUGGUGGUCUUCUUCCAUCAGGCCAGGAUUUCAGUAGCGCAGUGCAGGGCAGAUCCGACCCAUGCCGGUACAUAUACAGGUGCGUGGACAGAGCCUUGAAGUCGGUGGGAGGCAAUGUGCAGCUGCAGUCGAGGGUUUCAGAAGAACAUCAGUUAUGUGACGUAGGAGAGUUUCUGUGUCGUGAUCGUGCGACUUGUGUCUCCCAGCACUGGCUGUGUGAUGGAGAGCCCGAUUGCCCUGAUGAUUCAGAUGAGUCUUUAGACGUAUGUCCCGAGGAAGCAGACUUCAAGUGCACCCCGAAUUAUGUUAACUGCAUUGGUACAAACAAAUGCAUUCACUUGUCGCAGCUCUGCAAUGGUGUUUAUGACUGUUCUGAUGGGUAUGACGAAGGAGUACAUUGCCGGGAAUUGCUACCCAAAUGCCAACAGAUGAAUUGCCAAUACAGAUGUGCCAUUACCAGGAACGGCACCAGGUGUUACUGUGGAGAUGGAUAUGAAACAAGCAGUGAUGGAAGAAGUUGCUCAGAUUUGAAUGAAUGUAAUAUAUAUGGAAGCUGUAGCCAGAUGUGUAUAAAUACAGAUGGAUCAUACACUUGCAGCUGCGUGGAGGGUUAUGUACUUCAGCCUGAUAACAAAUCCUGCAAUGCCAAAAAUGAGCCUGCUGAUAGACCUCCUCUUCUUCUGAUUGCAAGCUCUGAAGCAAUUGAGGUAUUAUAUCUUAAUGGAAGCAAAGUAUCUGCCCAAACUCCUGUAAAAGGAUCUGCAAUUUUGACACUGGACUAUAGCUACAAAGAGGACACAAUUUGUUGGAUUGAAUCAAGAGAUCUUUCAAGUCAGCUGAAGUGUACCAAGAUAACGAAAGCCGGGAAGUUGACAGAUGAGCGGAUAAUUAACAUUGCUCAGUAUCUGCACAAUGUACAGCAAAUAGCGAUCGACUGGAUCACCGGAAAUUUUUACUUUGUGGAUCACAUCAGUGACAGGAUCUUCGUUUGCAACCAGAACGGCUCAGUGUGCAUUACCCUCAUCGAGCUGGAUCUCAGUAACCCUAAGGCCAUAGCUGUUGACCCAACAUCAGGAAAGCUUUUCUUUACAGACUACGGGAACGCUGCCAAGGUUGAGAGAUGUGACAUGGAUGGAAUGAACAGGACGUGGAUAGUAGACUCCAAAAUUGAACAGCCAACUGCUCUUGCCCUAGACCUCGUCAAUAAAUAUGUGUACUGGGUUGACAUAUAUCUGGAUAGCGUGGAAGUUGUUGACUAUCAAGGGAGAAAGAGACAUACAAUAAUUAAAGGCAGACAAAUAAGGCAUCUUUGUGGUUUGGCAGUAUUUGAAAACUAUUUAUAUACAGUUAAUUCAGAUAACCUCAGCAUUUUACGAAUAAACAGAUAUAAUGGCACCGAUGUUCAGUCUCUUGCGAGACUUGACAACGCUAAAGAGAUCCGUAUAUACCAGAAAAGAACUCAAACAGCAGUCAGAAGCCAUGCAUGUGAAGUGGACCCAUAUGGAAUGCCGGGGGGAUGUUCGCACAUCUGUCUGCUCAGCAGCAACUACAAAGCACGGACUUGUCGCUGCAGGACUGGCUUCAUCCUGGGAAGUGAUGGCAGGUCAUGCAAAAGACCAAAGAAUGAAUUGUUUCUUUUUUAUGGGAAGGGACGCCCAGGAAUAAUACGGGGAAUGGACCUGAAUACCAAAGUAUCUGAUGAAUACAUGAUCCCUAUAGAAAACUUGGUCAAUCCUCGUGCUCUGGACUUCCAUGCCGAAACCAAUUACAUUUACUUUGCUGAUACUACCAGUUUCCUAAUUGGACGACAGAAAAUUGAUGGCACAGAACGAGAAACAAUCCUCAAAGAUGAUCUUGAUAAUGUAGAAGGCAUAGCAGUGGACUGGAUUGGAAAUAAUCUUUACUGGACAAACGAUGGCCACAGGAAAACAAUUGCUGUAGCCAGACUGGAAAAAGCUGCUCAGAGCAGAAAAACUUUGUUGGAGGGAGACAUGUCCCACCCUCGAGGAAUUGUUGUUGAUCCUGUCAAUGGCUGGAUGUAUUGGACAGACUGGGAAGAAGAUGAAAUAGAUGACAGUGUGGGAAGAAUUGAGAAGGCAUGGAUGGAUGGCUACAGCCGGCAGAUUUUUGUAACAUCAAAGAUGCUAUGGCCAAAUGGUUUAACUCUGGACUAUCGUGCCAAUGUAUUAUACUGGUGUGAUGCCUAUUAUGAUCACAUUGAAAGGAUAUUUUUGAAUGGAACUGACAGAAAGGUAGUAUACAAUGGAAAAGAUUUGAAUCAUCCUUUUGGCCUAUCACAUCACGGAAAUUAUAUUUACUGGACAGAUUAUAUGAAUGGGUCAAUUUUCCAGUUGGAUCUGGUUACAAGGAAUGUGACACUGUUAAGAAGUGAGAGACCACCUUUGUUUGGACUCCAGAUUUAUGAUCCACGUAAACAGCAAGGUGAUAAUGCAUGUCGUGUUAAUAAUGGAGGCUGCAGCACUCUUUGUUUAGCCAUUCCUGGAGGCAGAGUUUGUGCCUGUGCUGAUAAUCAGCUUUUGGAGGAAAAUAGUACAACCUGCAUGGUUAAACAUGGAGAAGUGCUACCGCAGUUGUGCAAAGCUGAACAGUUUCAGUGUAACAAUAAGCGCUGUAUCCAGGAUCGCUGGCGCUGUGAUGGGGAUGAUGACUGUCUGGAUGGCAGUGACGAGCAUUCUGAAAUUUGCUUCAAUCAUAGUUGUCCUGAUGAUCAGUUUAAGUGCCAAAAUAAUCGCUGCAUACCCAAGAGGUGGCUUUGUGAUGGAGCUAAUGAUUGUGGUAAUAAUGAAGAUGAAUCAAAUACAACCUGUGCAGCAAGAACGUGUCAGGUUGACCAAUUUUCUUGUGGGAACGGACGGUGUAUUCCAACAUCAUGGCUAUGUGACAGGGAGGAUGACUGUGGAGAUGAAACCGAUGAAAUGACAUCCUGUGAAUUCCCAACGUGUGAGCCACUAACUCAAUUUAUAUGCAAAAAUGGAAGAUGCAUUAGCAGCAAAUGGCUUUGUGAUUCAGAUGACGACUGUGGUGAUGGAAGCGAUGAACUAGGCUGUAUUCACUCGUGUUCUGCUGAUCAGUUCAGAUGUUAUAAUGGUAGAUGUAUCCCAAGUCAUUGGGCAUGUGAUGGUGACAACGACUGUGGAGAUUUCAGUGAUGAAACCAAAACAAACUGCAGCAAGGAAGAAACUCCCCCCCCUGGAAAAUGCAAUGGGAAGGAAUUUCAGUGCAGUCCUGAUGGGAAUUGUGUUCCUGAGUUAUGGCGCUGUGAUGGAGAAAAGGACUGUGAAGAUGGUAGUGAUGAAAAAGGCUGUAAUGGAACUAUACGACUAUGUGAUGAGAAAACCAAGUUUUCCUGCAAAAGUACAGGGAGAUGCAUUAGCAAAGCGUGGCUAUGUGAUGGCGAUAUUGAUUGUGAGGAUCAGUCUGAUGAGGAUAAUUGCGAGGGCUAUAUGUGUGGACCACCAAAAUACCCUUGUGCUAAUGAUACCUCCAUCUGCCUACAGCCUGAGAAGCUCUGCAAUGGGAGAAGAGAUUGUCCUGAUGGAUCUGAUGAAGGCGAUCUUUGUGAUGAAUGUUCACUUAACAAUGGUGGAUGUAGCCAUCAAUGUUCUGUGGUUCCUGGAGGAAGAAUUGUAUGCUCCUGCCCUGCAGGAUUCACUCUUAAUGUAGACAACAAAACUUGUGAGAUUCUGGAUUACUGUACCAAGCACCUUAAGUGUAGUCAAGUAUGUGAACAGCAUAAAAAUACUGUCAAGUGCUCAUGUUACGAAGGCUGGAAGCUCAGUAAGGAUGGAGAAAAUUGUGUCAGCACUGAUCCAUUUGAGGCUUUCAUAAUUUUUUCUAUUCGACAUGAGAUCAGAAAAAUCGAUCUUCACAAACGUGACUACAGCCUCUUAGUUCCUGGUUUAAGAAAUACAAUAGCACUCGAUUUUCAUUUCAGUCAGAGUUUACUGUACUGGACUGAUGUGGUAGAGGACAAAAUUUACAGAGGCAAGCUCUCUGAUACUGGAGGUGUUAGUGCCAUUGAGGUCGUAGUACAACAUGGCCUGGCCACACCUGAAGGUCUUACUGUAGAUUGGAUUGCAGGAAACAUAUACUGGAUAGACAGCAAUUUGGACCAAAUUGAAGUAGCAAAACUAGAUGGCACUUUGAGAACAACGUUAAUAGCAGGAGCUAUGGAACAUCCGAGGGCUAUUGCUUUGGAUCCCAGAUAUGGAAUUCUCUUUUGGACAGACUGGGAUGCAAAUUUUCCUCGCAUCGAAUCCGCUUCCAUGAGCGGAGCAGAAAGAAAGAUCAUAUAUAAAGAUAUGGAUACUGGAGCGUGGCCUAACGGCCUUACUAUAGAUCACUUCGAAAAAAGAAUAGUAUGGACUGAUGCCAGGUCGGAUGCCAUUUAUUCUGCGUUAUAUGAUGGAACCGGCAUGAUAGAGAUUAUACGGGGUCAUGAAUAUCUUUCUCACCCUUUUGCUGUUUCUUUGUAUGGGAGUGAAGUAUAUUGGACGGAUUGGCGGACCAAUACACUUGCAAAAGCCAAUAAAUGGACUGGCCAAAAUGUCAGCGUAAUACAAAAAACAAGUGCUCAGCCUUUUGAUCUUCAGAUAUAUCAUCCAAGUCGUCAACCACAAGCUUCCAAUCCGUGCGCUGCUAAUGAGGGCAGAGGUCCGUGUUCUCACAUGUGUCUGAUCAAUCACAACAGAAGUGCUGCAUGUGCCUGUCCACAUCUGAUGAAACUGUCUUUAGACAAGAAAACAUGUUACGAAAGGAAGAAAUUUCUUCUUUAUGCAAGGCGUUCAGAAAUAAGAGGGGUGGACAUAGAAAACCCAUACUUCAACUUCAUCACAGCCUUCACCGUUCCUGACAUUGAUGAUGUGACGGUCAUAGAUUUUGAUGCUGUUGAGGAACGCUUAUACUGGACUGAUGUGAAAACACAGACCAUCAAGCGUGCUUUCAUUAAUGGGACUGGCUUAGAAACCAUUAUUUCAAGAGAUAUUCAGAGUAUCAGAGGUCUUGCAGUGGACUGGAUAUCACGUAAUUUAUAUUGGAUUAGCUCAGAAUUUGAUGAAACUCAAAUUAAUGUGGCACAUUUAGAUGGUUCCUUGAAAACCUCAAUCAUUCAUGGAAUUGAUAAACCCCAGUGUCUUGCGGUUCACCCGGUAAAAGGUAAGCUCUACUGGACAGAUGGAAACACAAUUAACAUGGCGAACAUGGAUGGCAGCAACAGCAAAAUACUCUUUCAGAAUCAAAAAGAUCCUGUUGGUUUAUCAAUAGAUUAUGGAGAGAACAAACUUUACUGGAUCAGUUCAGGAAAUGGAACCAUAAAUAGAUGCAACUUGGAUGGUGGUAAUCUUGAAAUAAUAGAUUCAAUGAAAGAAGACUUAACAAAAGCCACAGCUUUAACCAUUAUGGAUAAAAAGCUUUGGUGGGCUGACCAGAACUUAGCUCAGAUUGGUACCUGUAACAAAAAAGAUGGAAGAAACCCAACUGUCCUGCGAAACAAAACUUCAGGUGUUGUACAUAUGAAAGUGUAUGAUAAAGCAUCACAGCAAGGUAGCAAUUCCUGUCAGUUAAAUAAUGGUGGAUGCUCCCAGCUUUGUUUACCAACGUCAGAAACCACCAGAACUUGUGUGUGUACAGUAGGCUACAACCUUCAAAAAAACCGCAUGGCAUGCAAAGGUAUUGAAUCAUUUCUUAUGUAUUCUGUUCAUGAAGGAAUUAGAGGAAUUCCUCUUGAUCCAAAUGAUAAAAUGGAUGCUUUAAUGCCUAUAUCUGGAACUUCAUUUGCUGUCGGCAUAGACUUCCAUGCAGGAAAUGAUACAAUCUAUUGGACAGAUAUGGGCUUCAACAAAAUUAGCAGAUCUAAACGAGACCAAACAUGGAAAGAAGACAUUGUUACAAAUGGUUUGGGAAGAGUUGAAGGCAUUGCAGUGGACUGGAUAGCAGGUAACAUAUAUUGGACGGAUCAUGGCUUCAACUUAAUUGAAGUUGCCAGGCUCAACGGCUCAUUCCGAUAUGUAAUUAUAUCCCAGGGUUUGGACCAGCCAAGAUCUAUUGCGGUACACCCAGAAAAAGGGUACUUAUUUUGGACAGAGUGGGGACAGACUCCUUGCAUAGGCAAGGCACACUUAGAUGGAUCUGAGAAGGUUGUGCUUGUGAGCCUGGGGAUUGCAUGGCCGAAUGGAAUUUCCAUCGACUAUGAGGAAAAUAAAUUAUAUUGGUGUGAUGCUCGUACCGACAAGAUAGAAAGAAUUGACCUUGAGAGUGGAGGGAAUCGGGAGAUUGUGCUGUCAGGGAGCAAUGUGGAUAUGUUUUCAGUCGCGGUGUUUGGAGCUUACAUCUACUGGUCUGACAGAGCACAUGCAAAUGGCUCUAUUAGAAGAGGCCACAAGAAUGAGGCCACGGAUGCUGUGACCAUGAGGACUGGCCUUGGAAUAAACCUGAAGGAAGUGAAAGUCUUUAAUAGAGCACGAGAGAAAGGUACUAAUGUUUGUGCCAAGAAUAAUGGUGGAUGUCAUCAACUUUGCCUUUAUCGGGGAAAUGCACAGAGAACAUGUGCUUGUGCACAUGGCUAUCUUGCAGAAGACGGAAUCACUUGCCUGAGACAUGAAGGUUACCUGUUGUACUCGGGAAGGACAAUAUUAAAAAGCAUACAUCUUUCAGAUGAAACCAACUUAAAUUCACCAGUAAGGCCAUAUGAAAAUCCAGAGUACUUCAAAAAUGUGAUAGCUCUUGCUUUUGACUACAGUCUGAAAGGAAGAGGUACGAAUCGCAUAUUCUUCAGUGAUGCACACUUUGGAAAUAUACAAGUAAUUAAGGACAACUGGGCUGGCAGAAAAGUGCUAAUUGAAAAUGUUGGGUCAGUGGAGGGACUUGCUUAUCAUAGAGCUUGGGACACUCUCUAUUGGACCAGUUCAACCACAUCCUCAAUCACGAGACAUACGGUCGACCAGAGACGUCGAGGAGCUUUCAACCGGGAAGCUGUAAUAACGAUGUCUGAAGACGAUCAUCCACACGUGUUAGCGCUAGACGAAUGUCAAAACUUAAUGUUUUGGACUAACUGGAAUGAGCAGCUCCCAAGCAUCAUGAGAUCUACCCUCUCAGGCAAAAAUGCACAGGUUAUCAUUAGUACAGAUAUUCUGACACCAAAUGGACUUACCAUUGAUCAUAGGGCGGAGAAACUUUACUUUUCAGAUGGCAGCUUGGGAAAAAUUGAGAGGUGUGAAUAUGAUGGAUCGCAAAGAUACGUAAUUGUCAAAUCUGGACCAGGUACCUUUCUCAGCCUGGCUGUAUAUGAUGAUUAUAUCUUCUGGUCAGAUGGAGUGAGGAGAGCUAUUCUGCGUUCCAGUAAAUAUACAGGAGGAGAUACAAAAGUUCUUCGUUCUGAUAUCCCGCAUCAGCCAAUGGGCAUUAUUGCUGUUGCCAACGAUACUAACAGUUGUGAGUUAUCUCCUUGUGCACAAAUGAAUGGAGGUUGUCAUGAUUUAUGCCUUCUGACUCCUGACGGACGAGUGAACUGUUCAUGUAGAGGGGAUAGAAUACUGAUAGAUGAUAACAGAUGUGUGACUAAAAAUUCCACUUGCAACAUUUUUUCUGAGUUUGAAUGUGGAAAUGGUGAAUGCAUUGAUUAUCAGCUGACUUGUGAUGGCAUUGCUCAUUGUAAGGACAAGUCUGAUGAGAAACUUUUCUACUGUGAAAACAGAGGCUGUCGGAAGGGUUUCAAGCCAUGUUCUAAUCGUCGCUGUGUUUCAAGUAACAAAGUAUGUGAUGGUGCAAAUGACUGUGGUGACAACUCUGAUGAAUUUGACUGUAAAGAUUCAACGUGUGCUUCAACAGAAUUCCAUUGUGCAGAUGGGAUUUGCAUUGGAAAAUCAGCACAGUGCAACCAGAUCAUUGAUUGUGCAGAUGCUUCAGAUGAAAAGAACUGUAAUAAUACAAACUGCGCUUACUUCUAUAAACUUGGAAUAAAAUCUUCAGGAUUUAUUAGCUGUAAUUCGACUUCACUUUGUAUACUGCCAGAAUGGAUAUGUGAUGGAUCUAAUGACUGUGGAGAUUAUACUGAUGAACUAAAAUGCCCAGUUCAAAACAAACCCACAUGUGAAGAAAAUUAUUUUGGUUGUCCUAGUGGAAGAUGUAUUCUGACCACCUGGCUUUGUGAUGGGCAGAAAGACUGUGAGGAUGGAGUAGAUGAAUUGCACUGUGAUUCAUCUUGUUCAUGGAAUCAAUUUGCUUGCUCUGCAAACAAAUGCAUCUCUAAGCAAUGGACUUGUGAUGGUGAGGAUGACUGUGGAGAUGGUUUAGAUGAGAGCGAUGCUAUUUGUGGUUCAGUGACCUGUGCAGCAGAUACGUUCAGUUGCUUGGGCUCUCAUGCCUGUGUUCCCCAACACUGGCUUUGUGACGGUGAGAGAGACUGUCCUAACGGAAGCGAUGAACUGUCCACAGCAGGCUGUGCUCCUAAUAACACUUGUGACGAGAAUGCUUUCAUGUGCCAUAACAAAGUCUGCAUUCCCAAACAGUUUGUAUGUGACCAUGAUGAUGACUGUGGAGAUGGAUCAGAUGAAUCUCUGGAAUGUGGGUAUCGUCACUGUCGUCCUGGAGAGUUCACCUGCGCUGAUGGAAGAUGCCUGUUAAAUUCCCAGUGGCAAUGUGACGGUGAUUUUGACUGCCCCGACCAUUCUGAUGAAGCACCUAUAAAUAGCAAAUGCAAAAGUUCAGAGCAGUCAUGUAACAGCUCUUUUUUUAUGUGCAAAAAUGGCAAGUGUAUUCCUCAAAGUGAUGUUUGUGAUAACAAAGAAGAUUGUAGUGAUGGAUCUGAUGAGAAAAGCUGCCACAUUAAUGAAUGCCUCAGUAAGAAAGUUAGCGGUUGUUCUCAAGAUUGUCAGGAUCUUCCUGUUGGAUACAAGUGCCAAUGCUGGCCUGGAUUCCGGCUGAAGGAUGAUGGCAAAACAUGCAUAGAUAUUGAUGAAUGUUCAUCGGGAUUUCCCUGUAGCCAGCAGUGCAUCAAUACAUAUGGAACUUACAAAUGCUUGUGUGCAGAUGGGUAUGAAAUACAGCCUGAUAACCUAAAUGGCUGCAAAUCCCUUUCAGAUGAGGAACCUUUCUUAAUUCUGGCUGAUCAUCAUGAAAUAAGAAAAAUUAGCACUGAUGGAUCCAACUACACUUUGUUGAAACAGGGGCUGAACAAUGUGAUUGCAAUAGACUUCGACUACAGAGAGGAGUUCAUCUAUUGGAUUGAUUCCAGCAGACCAAACGGCAGUCGCAUAAACAGAAUGUGUUUAAAUGGAAGUGACAUCAAGGUAGUCCACAAUACAGCUGUUCCCAAUGCACUGGCUGUCGAUUGGAUUGGGAAGAAUCUCUAUUGGUCUGAUACUGAAAAGAGAAUUAUUGAGGUGUCUAAACUCAAUGGCUUAUACCCCACCGUCCUUGUGAGCAAGAGAGUGAAGUUUCCUAGAGACCUGUCCUUAGAUCCUCAAGCUGGAUACUUGUACUGGAUUGAUUGCUGUGAGUAUCCUCACAUUGGCCGUGUUGGUAUGGAUGGCUCCAGUCAAACAGUUGUCAUAGAAACACAGAUAUCUAGACCUAUGGCUCUUACGAUAGAUUAUGUCAACCAUAGACUGUAUUGGGCUGAUGAAAAUCAUAUUGAGUUUUCUGACAUGGAUGGAUCUCAUAGACAUAAAGUCCCUAAUCAAGAUAUUCCAGGGGUGAUUGCACUAACAUUGUUUGAAGACUAUAUCUACUGGACAGACGGGAAAACCAAAUCACUCAGCCGCGCCCACAAAACCUCUGGAUCAGACAGACUAUCACUGAUUAACUCAUGGCAUACCAUAACAGACAUCCAGGUGUAUCAUUCUUAUAGGCAACCUGAUGUGUCUAAACAUCUGUGUACACUAAACAAUGGUGGUUGCAGUCAUUUAUGCCUUCUAGCCCCUGGCAAGAUGUAUACUUGUGCCUGUCCCACUAACUUUUACCUUGCUGCGGAUAACAAGACAUGCUUAUCGAACUGCACGGCCAGCCAGUUCCGUUGUAAAACUGACAAAUGUAUUCCAUUUUGGUGGAAAUGUGACACUGUCGAUGACUGCGGAGAUGUUUUGUCAGUGGUGCAGAUACAGUAUAUUUCUCGAUACUCUCCCAUAGUCCAGAUAGUAGGUUACUGUAGUAUUCUCCGGCUGAAUUGUCAGCAACUGGAAGUCAAUGAUGAUGUUGUUUUCAGCAUCCCAAAGGAUGGUUGCUGUGAUGCUGAAUUCAGAUGUCAGCCAGGACGUUUUCAGUGCGGAACUGGACUUUGUGCUCUUCCAGCCUUUAUCUGUGAUGGAGAGAAUGAUUGUGGGGACAAUUCUGAUGAACUGAACUGUGAUACGCACGUGUGUCUGUCAGGGCAGUUCAAGUGCACAAAGAAUCAGAAGUGUAUUCCAAUAAACCUGAGGUGCAAUGGGCAGGAUGACUGUGGUGAUGAAGAAGAUGAAAGAGACUGUCCUGAAAACAGUUGUUCUCCAGACCAUUUCCAGUGUAAAACAACAAAACACUGCAUUUCUAAACUGUGGGUAUGUGAUGAAGAUCCAGACUGUGCUGAUGGAUCAGAUGAAGCUAACUGUGAUAAAAAAACUUGUGGGCCUCAUGAAUUCCAGUGCAAAAACAACAACUGUAUUCCAGAUCAUUGGAGAUGUGACAGCCAGAACGACUGUGGUGAUAACUCUGAUGAAGAAAACUGUAAGCCUCAAACAUGCACUUUGAAGGACUUUCUUUGUGCGAAUGGAGACUGUGUUUCAGCAAGAUUCUGGUGUGAUGGAGAUUAUGACUGUGCAGACGGCUCAGAUGAGAGGUACUGUGAAACCGGCUGUUCGAGAGAUCAGUUCCAGUGUUCCAACGGGCAGUGCAUAUCAGCGAAAUGGAAAUGCGAUGGUCAUGAAGACUGCAAACUUGGGGACGACGAGAAGAAUUGUGAACCAGCAUCUCCAACCUGCUCUUCAAGUGAGUACGUGUGUGCAAGUGGAGGCUGUAUUUCGGCAUCUUUGAAAUGUAACGGAGAGUAUGACUGUGCGGAUGGAUCUGAUGAGAUGGACUGUGUCACGGAAUGUAAAGAAGAUCAGUUUCGAUGCAAAAAUAAGGCCUACUGUAUCCCUGUCAGAUGGCUUUGUGAUGGAAUCCAUGACUGUGUGGAUGGCAGUGAUGAAGAAAACUGUGACCAAGGGGGAAAUAUAUGUAGAGCUGAUGAAUUUUUGUGCAACAAUUCCCUCUGCAAACUACAUUUUUGGGUUUGUGAUGGCGAGGAUGACUGUGGAGAUAACUCUGAUGAAGUUGCUGAAAUGUGUGUAAAGUUUCCAUGCCCUCCAACAAGGCCGUACAGAUGUAGAAACAACAGGGUUUGUCUGCGACCUGAGCAGAUUUGCAAUGAGGUUGAUGACUGUGGAGAUAACUCGGAUGAAGAUCACUGCGAUAAAAUCACAUAUAAAGCAAGACCGUGUAAAAAAGAUGAGUUUGCUUGUAAUGAUAAGAAAUGUAUUCCAAUGGAGCUACAGUGCGAUUGGUUUGAUGACUGUGGAGAUGGUUCAGAUGAGCAAGACUGCAAAAUAAGUGUCUCUGAAUAUACAUGUGAUGAUAAUGUGAAUCCUUGUGGAGAUGACGCAUACUGUAAUCAAACAAAAACAUCCUUACUGUGUCAGUGUAAACCUGGAUUUCAGAGAAACAAGAGGAAUAGACAAUGUGAAGAUAUCAAUGAGUGUAUGGUAUUUGGUGCCUGCUCCCAACACUGCAAUAAUAUUAAGGGGUCAUACAAAUGUGCAUGUGAGAAAAAUUAUAAGGAGAGGAAUAACGGUUGCAUAGCAAAAGGCUCUGAAGAUCAAGUUCUCUAUGUUGCUAAUGACACUGACAUCCUGGGUUUUGCAUAUCCAUUCAACUACAGUGAUGUUCAUCAGCAAAUAUCACAUAUUGAACAUAAUUCAAGGAUAACUGGAAUGGAUGCAUAUUUUCAAGGGGACAUGAUUGUUUGGAGUACUCAAUUUAAUCCAGGAGGGAUUUUCUACAGAAAACUUCACGACAGAGAGAGAAGGCAAAGUAACAGUGGCUUGAUAUGUCCAGAAUUCAAAAGGCCCAGGGGCAUUGCUGUUGACUGGGUUGCUGGAAAUAUUUACUGGACUGAUCAUUCCAGAAUGCAUUGGUUCAGCUACUAUACAACUCAUUGGACUAGUCUGAGGUACUCCGUCAAUGUAGGUCAACUGAACGGACCUAACUGUACGAGACUCCUCACAAGCAUGGCAGGAGAACCAUAUGCAAUUGCUGUAAAUCCUAAAAAGGGGAUGAUGUACUGGACAGUUAUUGGGGAUCGCUCCCACAUAGAGGAAUCAUCUAUGGAUGGUACUCUGAGAAGGAUAUUGGUUCAAAAGAAUUUACAAAGACCUACAGGUCUCGUAGUUGAUCAGUUCAGUCAGCGUUUGUUUUGGGCUGAUUUUGAAUUAUCUGUUAUUGGCAGUGUUCUUUUCGAUGGUUCCGAUUUAGUUGUGUCUGUGAGCACUAAACAAGGUUUACUACAUCCACAUAGAAUUGAUGUUUUUGAGGAUUAUAUAUAUGGAGCAGGUCCUAAAAAUGGUGCAUUUAGAGUACACAAAUUUGGCAGGAGCCUCGUAGAAUAUCUAAGUGUGGAUGUUGAUAAAGCAAAAAGUGCCUUGAUUUUUCACCGCUACAAACAAAUGGACUUGCCUAAUCCAUGCUUGGACCUGACAUGUGAAUUCAUUUGUUUACUCAACCCUUCUGGUGCAACAUGUGCUUGUCCAGAAGGAAAAUCAUUGGUGAAUGGAACAUGCAUUGAUCAGAGCCUCUUAGAUGAUUCCUGUAAAUUAACCUGUGAAAACGGAGGAAAGUGCAUUAUAAACGAGAAGGGCGAUCCUCGAUGUCACUGCUGGCCCAGUUACUCUGGCGAAAGGUGUGAAACUAACCAUUGCUACAACUACUGCCAAAAUGGAGGAACCUGUGGAGCCUCUCUCCUCGGGAGGCCUACGUGCAACUGUGCGCUGGGUUUUACGGGACCAAACUGCAAUCAGACGGUCUGCGAUCGUUUUUGCCAGAACGGAGGAUCCUGCAGUGUCACUGCUGGGAACCAGCCCUUUUGCAACUGCUUGCCCGAGUAUACGGGAGACAGAUGUCAGUAUUAUGUUUGCCACCAUUAUUGUGUGAAUUCUGAAUCGUGCACUAUUUCUGAUGACGGAAGUGUAGAAUGUGUUUGUCCAGUACGAUUCGAAGGUCCAAAAUGUGAAGUGGACAGGUGUAUCAGAUGUCAUGGGGGACACUGCAUCAUAAACAAGGACAGUAAUGACAUAGUAUGCAAUUGCACUAAUGGAAAGAUUGCCUCUACCUGUCAGUUAUGCGAUGGCUACUGUUACAAUGGUGGUACAUGUCAGCUGGACCCAGAGACGAAUAUCCCUGUCUGUCUAUGUUCAGCCAACUGGUCAGGCACACAGUGUGAGAGGCCAGCUCCCAAAAGCAGCAAGUCUGACAAUAUCAGUACAAGAAGCAUUGCAAUCAUUGUUCCUCUUGUUUUACUGGUGACGUUGAUCACUACUCUGGUAAUUGGACUAUUUCUUUGCAAAAGGAAACGAAGGACAAAAACUAUCAGAAGACAGCCCAUUAUAAAUGGAGGAAUCAAUGUAGAAAUUGGCAAUCCGUCAUACAACAUGUAUGAGGUGGGCCAUGAUCACACCGAAGGUGGUCUUUUAGCCUCAGAUUUUACUGUAAAUGCAGAAAAGGCCAGAUACAUAGGGGGAGGGCCCACUGCAUUCAAGCUUCCCCACACAGCUCCAUCAAUCUACCUAAACUCUGACUUGAAAGGACCACUAUCAACAGGGACUACAAAUUACGCCAAUCCAGUAUAUGCAAAGUUAUACAUGGAUGGACAAAACUGUCGAAACUCCUUAGCAAGUGUUGAUGAAAGAAGAGAACUCCUUCCAAAGAAAAUAGAUAUUGGGAUAAGGGAGACUGUGGCAUAACCUGCUGUAACCUUUUAUACUCUGUAUAAAUGUAUAAAAUAUAAGGAUUACUUUUCUAUGUACCAACAGUAUUAUAAUUGUUUUGGCAUCAGCAUUACCUCUGUUUUUUGUUCGGUUGAUUGUUUUCUGGGUUUUUCUUUUGCUGAUGACUUUUGACUGACCAUUUGUAAGGUAUUUUUAUGAAAAAGAAACUGCACUACGGUACAAUUUACAACAAUGCUGCUGAAAUAACACACCUUUAAAUUUGUUAAAAUUGCAAACAACAUAUUCGUUUGUAGCGUGAAAAUGAGCAAUCUAUUUUCUAUGAACUUUUUUGGUUCUACUUAAUCAAUGAAGAUGGUAUCUGCACUUUUUCAUUAUGUAGUCUGGAAGCUGUAGUACAGUGUGUAAUUUUGUUUAUUUUAAAUGGUGAAAGAAUGAUUGAAUGGUCUACUCUCUUCUUUGUGCCCAUUAGAAUUUCUCUUCAGAUCCUGAUAAAGCUAGAUAACUUUUCACAACCAAACAUAACUUGCUUUUAAAU